AUGCAAAACAUCAUCAACUCAGACCCAAACGGCUCCAUCAUUCAGCCUGCAGGAUUUUACGUUGUUGCAUUGAGUUCAAUGCCUUACAGUAAUGUCUAUGUCAUGUUCCUCACCGUGCUGUAUGUGAUCACAGUCAUAUGCAAUGUUUUUCUGAUCUCCAUUAUUGUCUAUGAUCAGCGUCUGCAUGUGCCAAAGUUCAUGGCUGUUGCUAAUCUGGCUGUGGUUGAUCUUAUUCUCAGCACUUCUCUUGUGCCUGGCAUGAUAAAAACUUACAUCAUUCUUGAUAAUUUUAUACCAUUCAAGCUCUGUCUUGUGCAAAUGUACACUUACUAUACACUUUUAGAGCUAGAGGCAGUUUCUCUGUGUAUUCUCUCUUAUGACCGGUUCAUUGCCAUCUGUUUUCCUUUAAGACAGGGGUCUAUAAACACAAACACCAGAAUGACUUACACAAUCUCUGUAAGCUGGUUUCUUUCUGUUACUAUAUCACUUUAUGGCACUUUAUCCAUCCCAGCUCUCUCAUUCUGUGGCUCUCUCCAGGUCAACAGCUAUUUUUGCGAUUACACUCCUGUUUUAAGAGUUGCCUGCAGUGACACGACAUCUCAGUUUAACUUUGCCAGUAUAUUAACUAUACUCUUUUUUUCUGUACCUUUGUGUUUUAUUUUGCUGACAUAUAUGUUUAUUCUGUAUACUGUAUUCAGAAUGAAUAACAAUCAGCGCCGCUUUAAGGCACUGGCAACAUGCACUGAGCACCUCAUAUUAGUGUCCCUGUACUUUUUACCUCUUGCAAUUAUCUUCAAUCUUGGAUUUUUUGGAGUUUUUUUAAACCCGAAUGUAAGAGCAGUGUGUUUGUCUUUUUCAUCUGUUCUUCCACCCUGUGCAAAUCCCAUUGUCUACUCACUGAAAACUAAGGAGAUUCGAAGCAGGAUUGUUUCUUUGUUAAACCCGAGACUGUCUGUUCAUCCUCUUAAAAAUGUACAUUAA